UCCGCCCAAAAGGGAAAUGACGCUGGUUCAGAAAAUGGCGUCUGCAAAGCCUUUGGACCGCUGUGGUUUGUUACCCGUUUAAUUUAGAGCCGAGCGGGGGGUCUCUUCGUCUGGCACAUAGUAUGGCAGUGCACAGCUGCCGUCCGCUUUCGUGAUUCCGUCAUCGAACCCGCAACUUCAUGUCCGAAGGAGCCAGAGCUGCCUGGUCGAAGAGGGGUUGUGGGGAUUCGCACCGCCGAGAACCUGGGAAACAUAAACACAGGAAAUGCGAGCGGCCUCUUAGUGCUCAGCCGUCAAAGCCUGUGAUUGUUUGCCCGGGCUCCAAAAGGUGUGUUAUGUCGGGGGCAGAUGUGGAGGUGUACCUGUCCCAGGUGCAUGAUGGGAGUGUGUCAUCGGGCUUCCGGGCGCUUUACGAGGAGCGUCUGCUGCUGGAUGUCACACUAUUGAUAGAGGAGCACCACUUCCAGGCCCACAAGGCGCUUCUGGCCACUCAGAGCGACUACUUCCGGGUCAUGUUCACAGCAGACAUGAGAGAGCGGGACCAGGACAAGAUCCACAUGAAGGGGCUGACAGCUGCUGGGUUUGGCCACAUUCUCCGAUUCAUGUACUAUGGCUCACUGGAGCUCAGUAUGCCCACCGUCCAAGAGAUCCUGCAGGCGGCCAUGUAUGUCCAGUUAACGGAGGCGGUGGAGUUCUGCUGCUCCUUCCUGCUGGCUAAGAUCUGUCUGGAGAACUGCGCUGAGGUCAUGCGCCUCCUGGAGGACUUUAGCGUGGGCAUUGAGGGCGUCCAGGAGCAGCUUGACAACUUCCUGCUUGACAACUUUGUCCCCCUCAUGAGCCGACCCGACUUCCUGUCCUACCUCGGCCUCGAGAGACUGCAGGCAUAUUUAAACAGUGAUGCUCUGAGUCGCUUCCCAGAAAUCGAGCUGUAUGAAGCUGUCCAGGCGUGGCUGCGACACGACCGGCGACGCUGGAGGCACACUGACACCAUAGUGCAAUCGAUCCGCUUCUGCCUCAUGACUCCUGCCAACAUCUUUGAGAAGGUGAAGACGUCUGAGUUUUACCGUUACUCCAGACAGUUGAGGCAGGAGGUAGAUCAGGCACUCAGCUACUUCCAUGAUGUCAACCAGCAGCCUCUGGUGGAGACGCGCUCCAAUCGUAUCCGCUCUGUCCGCCCGCAGACCACUGUCUUCAGGGGAAUGAUCGGACACAGCAUGGUCAACAGCAAGAUCCUGCUGCUGCAGCGCCCAAAGGUGUGGUGGGAGCUGGAGGGACCUCAGGUGCCGUUGCGACCGGACUGCCUGGCAAUUGUGAAUAACUUUGCCUUCUUGUUGGGUGGAGAGGAGCUGGGACCCGAUGGGGAGUUUCAUGCCUCCUCCAAAGUCUACCGCUAUGACCCUCGACAGAACUCCUGGCUGCGCAUGGCUGACAUGUCUGUGCCCAGGUCAGAGUUUGCUGUGGGCGUCAUUGGGAAGUUUAUUUACGCUGUAGCGGGCCGCACGCGAGACGAGACUUUCUAUUCAACAGAGCGCUAUGACAUCACUGAGGACCGCUGGGAGUUCGUGGACCCGUAUCCUGUAAACAAGUACGGUCACGAGGGAACUGUCCUUAAUGGUAAACUGUACAUCACUGGCGGCAUCACGUCCUCCUCCACCUCCAAACAGGUCUGCGUGUUUGAUCCCGGGCGGGAGGCGGGAGGUGGGGGAGGAGGAGGCAGCUCAUGUGGGUCAGACGCACACAGGACACGCGCCAGCCGAGGCCCGCUGCUGCCCGGCACCCACGCCAGCUGCUGGGAAAACAAAUCCAAAAUGAACUACGCCCGUUGCUUCCACAAGAUGAUCUCCCACAACGGGAAGCUGUACGUGUUCGGGGGCGUGUGUGUGAUCUUGCGGGCUUCCUUCGAGUCACAGGGCUGUCCUUCCACCGAGGUUUAUGACCCGGACACAGACGAGUGGACCAUCCUUGCCUCGAUGCCCAUUGGGCGCAGUGGCCACGGGGUGGCAGUGUUGGACAGGCAGAUCAUGGUGCUGGGCGGCCUGUGUUACAACGGCCACUACAGUGACUCCAUCCUCACCUUCGACCCUGAUGAAAACAAGUGGAAGGAGGACGAGUAUCCCAGGAUGCCUUGCAAACUGGACGGUCUGCAGGUAUGCAGUCUGCACUUCCCAGAGUAUGUGCUAGAGCAUGUCAGACGCUGCAGCUGAGGUCUGCUCCACAACAAGCCUCCUUUUUAUAGAAAUGGGAAUUCACUGUUUAAGAACUGAAGUGUCCUGCUGGGAGAUCAGGUGUUUACAGGUGGGAGACUCUACUGAUGCGCAGGCUUUUAAACUAGAGACCAGCACUUACCUAAGGUGAGGAAAAGAUGGCCGGGCCAUAGAUUUGCUGUUCUUAAUGAAGCCAGUCGAAGCGUGCCGUCCCGAGACGUCACAUGUUAGCAGUAAGCUUGAACAUUUUCAGAAUUAGCUUUCUUAGAAAAUUAAGGAAAACUAUUCCUGGGGAUAAAAAAAAACUGCUGGUUUAUGUUUGGACUGUGGUCAGUUUCCUGUUCUGCCAUUCACCUACUGUAUUUAGGCUGUCCAGUCAGGCUUAUUGCAGAAACGCACUGGAAGCUUCAGAUUCAUGCAUUUACAGAUGGAUCUGUAUUUAUUUUAUUUCACCAGUCAAGCAAACCGGCAUCACAAAUCUGACUGAAUUAGGUUUGUUUGCCUGCUCCCUGAGGUUUCUUAGCAUCUGUUGACCUAUUUAAAGACAAACAAACAUCCUGUAUAUCAUUAAUCAAGUGGCUGUUUUUGAGAAAUAGGUUAGCGAAAGCCAAGAUAUUAUUGCAACUAUUUCAAACAACCAGAAAAUGCCCUAUAAAAUAUAGAACAUCCAGUUAAUGCAUAUAAUUAGGUAUAUUAACAAAAUAUGAACACUAUAUACUGUAGCGUAGACAAUUUUAUAGCCUGUCUGCAAAUAUACAAUGCAGACUGAGAGACCAUGAAGCAGUUAUGACCACCAUGCUGUGGCAAAUGCUGCUACCAGCUUUAAACUGUCAAAGUUUUCCGCUUCCAGUGCGUUCCGGCAUUUAGUCUUAAUUCUGCUCUUUAUUCCCAAAUAUCCACCAUACUGUGCUCAUGUUCAUAUAACAUCUCUUGUCGUUCUGUGUUCCUUCUACUUCCUCUGUCUGAGUUUGACGAUAAAUGUGUGUGUGUGUGUGUGUGUUUUGUAUGAGAGAGCUGAAUGCAAGAUUAGGAGGAAAAACACUACAUGGUACACGAGGGCUCAUUCUUCACUCAGUGAUGAUGUCAUGAGAUGAUAGUGACAUCGCAGGGGUCAAAGGAUGUUGUCUGUAUCCGUCUAGUCACUGGCAGUGCUUUAUUUACUUUGGUCCACAUUCCCCGCACUUUAUUGGUUCUUGCUGUGGCUCCUGGGUGUAAUUGCAGAGGCUACAAGCUAACCUUCAACAGAGCUGUAGUACUACAGCAUGCUGUAAUGUUGCAGACAUUGAGCUGGAUCUGAAAUUAACUUCCUAGCUGACAAGUCAAGAUGGGCUAACAAUGUCCCGACCAUCAAAUAUGCAGCUAAAGAAACACUGGGACUCGUGCAAGAAUAUUUAACCCAUGAAUGGCAUUUUUACUUACUUACUCUGCUCACUUCAGCCUGAUGAUCUUCCCACGUUCAUGAGGAGGUGCAUGAGUGUGAGAGAUUUCAUCAUUAACAUAACUGACAUCCCUAAAAUUGCCCUAAGGAGAGACAUAUAUGAAAUAUGUCGAUAAAAAUCAUUAAAUCUAAAAAAAAAAAAAAAAAAUCUCUCUAAUUUGACAGACACCACAACAAACAGAAUAUUAACUUUGGGUUUAGUUUGUCAGAUUA